AUGCCACCCCCAGCUUCUUCAGUGGGUUUCUCCAAUCUACUGAAUCCGGAAGCAGUCGACCACCAGUCGCAACCUCAAUCUCCAAUCCACGGCGACUCUGAUUCUACCAUGGCUUCUUCAGUCAGCCUCUUGCCGCCUCUCAUGAAGGGUGCGCGCCCCGCCAACGAGGAGGUCCGCCAGGAUCUGCCUCGCCCGUACAAGUGUCCCCUUUGCGAUCGGGCCUUCCACCGUUUGGAGCACCAGACUCGGCACAUUCGCACGCACACUGGUGAGAAGCCUCACGCCUGCCAGUUCCCCGGCUGCACAAAGCGAUUCAGCCGUUCCGACGAAUUGACUCGUCAUUCACGUAUUCACAACAACCCCAACUCGCGCCGGAGUAACAAGGCCCAGCACUUGGCUGCGGCUUCAGCUGCUGCUGCUGGUCAGGAUGUGAGCAUGGGUAACGCGGCCAACAUGAUGCCCCCUCCCAGCAAGCCCAUUACUCGUUCCGCGCCGGUCUCGCAGGUCGGGUCCCCGGAUGUCUCUCCGCCUCACUCCUUCUCCAACUAUGCCAAUCACAUGCGCUCCAACCUGGGUCCUUACUCGCGCACCUCCGACCGUGCUUCGUCAGGGAUGGACAUCAACUUGCUCGCGACGGCCGCUUCGCAGGUCGAGCGUGACGAUCACAUGGGAUACCACGGAUCCAGACACCCCAUCUUUGGCUCGCGUCAGCACAGCAGUCGUGGUCUUCCUUCGCUUUCCGCCUACGCUAUUUCCCAGAACAUGACCCGCUCGCACUCUAACGAGGACGACGAUGCCUACGGCCAACAUCGUGUCAAGCGCUCUCGUCCUAACUCGCCCAACUCUACUGCUCCUUCCUCUCCUACUUUCUCACACGAUUCGCUCUCUCCCACUCCCGACCACACUCCUCUGGCUACCCCCGCACACUCGCCUCGCCUGCGUCCCUUGGGAGCCAACGAGCUGCACCUUCCUUCCAUUCGCCACCUUUCUCUCCAGCACACUCCCGCCCUGGCCCCAAUGGAGCCCCAACCAGAGGGCCCGAAUUACUACAGCCCCGGCCAAGGCCAUAUGGGCCCAAGUAUCACCGACAUCAUGUCCAAACCUGACGGCACACAGCGCAAGCUACCUGUACCCCAGGUACCGAAAGUUGCUGUCCAGGACAUGCUCAACCCCGCAACCGGAUUCUCCUCGAUGAGCUCAUCCACCAACAAUUCCGUUGCCGGCGGUGACUUGGCAGACCGUUAUUAA